UGUUAUUUUUUUCGAGGGUUGGCAGUCCUGGCAGACCCUAACCUAUCUUUUAUUUCACAAAAAUGAGUCGUAAUUUUGUGAAAAUCAUAGGCCAAGUGCCCAUAAAUCGGUUAUAUUCAACGUCGGCCUACAAAAGUGCACUUUCGUUGCAAAAUUUAUAUCCAAAUAGUUCCCUAAAGCUGACAACCCCCCUAAAGCCCCCCAAUGAAGAUGAGAAAUUCACGGGUUAUGUCCCAAUAGACCAGUUAGAUAUUUCAUACACCAAAAGUACAGGCCCUGGGGGCCAGCACGUUAACAAAGUUAAUACAAAAGUAGAAGUCAGAUUUCAUGUAAAUUCUGCGACUUGGAUUAACGAUGAAAUCAAAGCACAAAUGUUGGAAAAGUUUCAGUUUAAAAAUAAAAUUACCAAAGAAGGUUUUGUUAUAUUUCGCUCCGAACUGACACGGUCGCAACAACUCAACUUAGCGGAUUGUUUAGAGAAAAUUAGAGCUUCAGUUCGGAGUUGCAUAAUAGAGGAUAAUAAACCAUCAGAGGAGACAGCUGAAAAAAUCCGACGACGACUUGAAAAAGCAACUCGGGAACGACUUUCCACUAAAAGAAUGCGUACACAGACCAAAAGCAACAGGCAAGCCCCUGAGGUCCACACUUAAACUCCCUAGCUUCACUUGUAAACUUUAUUGAACUAAUUCCAAUAAUAAUUAAAAAGCAAAAACUUUUUUCAAUACAUCAUCCAGUGAACCACA